CUUGGUUGGGGAGGUGGCCGAGGUUUGGCACAUUCAAGGCAUCCGCCUUCCGGGGGAGCUGUAAAAGUUGCUGCAGGUGACGGCGGCGGCGGGUCUCUGUGGAUCUCGUUCCCGUGUGGCUCUUCCACCACUUGCCCAGCCACAAGCUCGCUCCGUUCCCAGCAGCAGCAGCAAAGCAAACCGCAACACCCACCUCGCUUGGCCUGACAAUCCGGCGACGGCACGUGCGGUGAUCUUCGGCAAGAGUUCAACAGAGCAUGCGUUGACAAACACGGCGAUAGGAUCAUUCAGAACACACAGGGGCUCCCGUCGAUUCGACGUCUUACUUUUUUUUUUAAGCUUUCAACUGCUGCAUUAGCUGCGUUUUGAAGAUGUGGUGAAAAUACAAAGUUGUGAUGCUCGUUUUUCCUUGCCAAGCACUUAGUCACGCAGACUAUGUGACACGUCUGGACCCCACCUUUUAAAACCGGGUGACUCGCCCAAGCCACGGGCAGCUUCGGCACGGAGGUCGCAGUAUUUUUCAAAGUUGCGCAUCGUAGGACUACAUUACGAAACGACACUGGCUGUUUACAAAGUAGAUUUACUCAAAGGGCACUUCGAAAAUUGGCGGUUGUCUAAUGUUAACAUACAUCAGUAAAGAAUAAAAUAUUUAACCGACGUGCGAGCGAGUUGGUGACCAGUGAGGGAGGAAAGGAGGCUUUCCCACACACACACACAGAUUGGACCUAUCCCUGCGACAAAAUGCUGGACCUCAGUUACUUGACGGAGGAAGAACAAAGGGCCAUCCUGAAUGUGCUCAAACGGGAUGCAGACCUCAAGCAGAAGGAGGAAGACCGCUGCAAAAUUCUCAAGCAGAAGGUGGAGGACGAGAAGAAGCUGAAGGUGCUGACGGGGGAGUGGUUCUACGAGGUGAAGGGCAAGAGGCACGAUGAUCGGCUGCACGGCUCCGACCUGGUGCGGGCGUCCAUGCGCAAGGGCAAGUCGGCGCCACGGCCAGGCGAUAGGGGCAAAGCGCACAGCAGAGACAGAGAGGACAAAGAGAACAAGCACAAGUCCCUGCAGCUGGAGGACUGCAUCGCAAGCGAGAGCUCUGCUGGACCCACAGAGGCAGGCGUUCCUCGACCUUCAAAGAGGUCCGAGGGGAUACGUUCCACGUCGAAAUCGAGCCUGAACCAAACGCCUGCGCUCGGCGGGACCUCCGCAAACAAAGAACAAGGCACUUCGUCAUCGACAAAGAACUCGAGCUUCGAGUCUGAUGAGGUGGAAAAUGAGCCUGAUGUCAAACCUGCAGACGUGGAAGCGAAACCUCAGACACUGGCAGCUCUGGCCAAGUUGAUCGACGCCACCGACGUGGCCGAGGUGCAAACGUUGCUUAACGUGGACGUCGCGCCGGUGGCGGGCGCCGACGUUUCAUCGGGGUCACCGGAAGCCAAGCCGAUCGGCAAGGGGAGCACCGAAUUGACCGAAUCGACGAAAUCCGGACUCGGAGAGCGAACGGCGGCGGCGGGCGGCGGCGGCGGCGGCAGCGCCGCCCGUUCCCCGGGCUCGCGAACGGCUCGGCCGGAGGUCAACGGCCGCGCGUUGGAAGAGACCGUGAAGCCGAGCGCGCGUCAGACCCCCGUGAAAAGCGCGAUCAAAUGGGGGGGUGACACGCCCCCCGCCGCCCGAACCCGCCGCGCAGAACGGCGCGGGCGACGUGAGCGGAGUCAAAAGGCCGGCCGUCAAACUGAGUGGCUCGUUGGACUCGCUGAUCGACGAGUCUGAGGACGGUGCCGGUCCUCGCGGAAUC